AUGAUUUCAGUACUGAUGAAUUCUCCCCAGUCUUCAGGCAUAUGCAUGGCAACUCUUAUAUUUUACACAUGCUUUCUCAUUCCCCUCCGUCAAAUCAAACAGACGCUUUUCAGUAUCAUAGUACUACUCAUGAGUAGUAGUGGUAGUAGGCUCGAGGCAGCAGAAAUUGAGUACUGUUGGGACUGUAGUAGGCCUCAGCGGCAGCUUCUUCCAGUGCCCUGCAGGUUUGAAGAGUUGCAGGAGGAGGGUGUAUGCUGCUCCAUUUGCCUGAUGGAGUUGGAGAAAGAAGACGAGGUGAGCCAACUCUCAAGGUGUAUGCACAUCUUCCAUAUGGAUUGCAUUGAGAAAUGGAUAGAGCGUGAUCAUUUUACCUGCCCGCUCUGCAGGAACUCCAUAGAUCAUUAUUAA